AUGUCAACCCUUAAAAGCAUUUUAUUCUUCCUCGGCUGCAUCAAGCUAGCUCUUGGGUCUCCCAUCUGCGACGCCGAGAACGGCCCCGAGCCGACGAGAAUCCAAAUUCAAAAGACGCUGACGCAAGAUAUCGCAUCUAGCGCGGGAGAAUACUGCUCAAUAAUUGCCUAUCGUAUCAUGAGAACCACCAAUUAUGGCAUCACGACGCAGCAGAUAAUCGACUGGAACGGCCUCGACAAAGAGUGCACGAACCUGCGACUGUAUUAUUACACAUGCGUGGGUGUUUCAGCUAGGAGCCCUGCCAAUGUUGACGGCAGCAUCGAAUCGCCAUCGGCGGCUGAGUCCAGGUCGGAUAGGCGCCGUCUUGGUGGUGAAUGUAUCGAGUGGGCUUUUACGAAAUAUGGUCACAGCACCUGUGAGCGUAUUGCUAUAGAUUUCGACAUCUCGGUAGCCCAGUUACAGGAAUGGAAUCCCGAAACCAAUUGCAAUUCACCAAUAUACGAUGGCUGGGUCUGCACGCGCAAGUAA